CUUUGUUACACAACUCGGUAAAGACCAUCAGAAACGUGUUUUUAGCUGUUCUCCACUAGGAGCGAGUGGAUGUGGGCUUUGUGAUUUUUAUUUUACUCUCUAAGAGUUGAGUGUGUCGAUUUACACGUGCGGCCGGUGGAAGCGGAGCUGAAAGAUGCCGCUUCUCCACAGAAAACCCUUCAUUCGACAGAAACCCCCGGCGGACCUACGACCAGACGAGGAGGUGUUUCUCUGUAAAAUUACGCACGAAAUCUUCAGGACCUACGAUGAGUUCUUUGAGAGGACCAUUCUGUGUAACAGCUUGGUGUGGAGCUGUGCUCUGACGGGGCGAGUGGGACUCACUUAUCUUGAGGCAGUGGAGAGUGAGCGGCGGGCAAGGCAGAGUCUGGAGAGUUUCCCUCAGUCUUUAGUGGUGCCUCUGCUCCACCUAGCUGCUUUGAGCCAAUGCUGCAGGCUGACAGAGCUCUGUGAGGACGUCUAUACUUUUGUCAAAGACCGGUUCUUUCCUGGGGAGGUGGUGGACGUCAGUGGAUGUAAUGGAGCCAGAUAUGUGUGUGAGAUCCUGCAGGUACACCUGCCUGAUUCCAGUGUUAGUCGAGCACCGGACGUUAACGGCCACGGCAAGAUGGCUGACGAUGACACGAUUGUCAUCAGUGACAGCGAUGACGAGCACAACGCCUUCCAGAGUUCCACAGUACAAGUCAAUGGCAGGAAGAAGUCUUUGAGUCCAUCAGUGUUUAAAUACACAGUGAGGAUGAUGAAGAACAAACACAGCGAGCCAUUCACCGUCACAGCCAAUCAGAUCAGUCGCAAGAAAAGCGCUCUGUCCAGAGAGAGACUGAAGCUACUCUUCAAGCAGCACUGCGAGCCUCAGAAUGGGAUCGUCACACUAAAGCCCUCCUCGAUGGCAAAGUACCAGCUGUCUAAACAGACCUUCUCUCAGUUCUUUCCUGACGAGCCCCCCCUAUUCUCCUUCAGCCCCUCUUCUAAAUGUGGAAGGCGUGACUCACCUGGACAGGCGAGUUCGUCUCUACUGAAAGCUGCAGAGGAGAAACUAAAGUUGCUACAGCAGAGGGAGGAGAUGGUGGCUGCAGCUCAAGACAAGGCUCGACUGAAGAAAGAAAAGGAGGAGGUGCAAGAAGCCAAGCGGAGGGAGAGGGAGGACAAGGAAAGGCUAAGGGAAGAACAGAGACGCAGGUUUGAAGAGGAGAAACAGAGGAGGAGGGAGGAGAAGGAGCGCAGGAAGCUGGAGAAAGACCGGGAACGAGAGAAGUUAAAGGAGGAGAAGAAGAAAUAUGCAGAACAGCUGAAGCUUUGGAGCAAACCCAGAGAGGACAUGGAUUGUGAAGACCUGAAGGAGCUGCCAAGGCCAAUUCCAGUGAAAACCCGGCUUCCAGCAGAGCUCUUUGGAGAUGCUCUGAUGGUUCUGGAGUUCCUGCAGGCCUUUGGUGAGGCCUUUGACCUGAAGGACGAGUUCCCUGAUGGGGUCUCUCUGGAGGUUCUGGAGGAGGCUCUGGUGGGUUCUGAUCCUGAGGGUCCUCUGUGUGAGCUGCUGUUUUUCUUCCUCACAGCCAUCUUUCAGGCUCUAGAUGAGGAGCAGGAAGAGGUAGCCACAGACCAGGUUGAAGACCUGACAGACGCUCUGGACGACGACUCUGACCCCACGUGUUCGGCUCUGAGUGCUAUCGCCUCAUUGGCUGCAGCCUGGCCUCAGCUACAUCAGGGCUGCACUUUGAAGCAGCUCGACCUAGACAGCUGCACGCUGUCCGAAAUCCUGCGCCUGCACAUUUUGGCGUCUGGUGCUGACUGUAACCACGGGAAUGCAAAGUUCCGCUACCAGAAGCAAGGCGGGUUCACCGUAAUGGAUGACCCUUGUGUGGAGCUGAGACUGGCAGAUCCAGCGCUGCUGAAGAAGCUGUCAUCCACAGCAGUGUAUGACCUCACCCCAGGGGAAAAGCUGAGGAUCCUGCAGGCUUUGGUGGGGAAGGUGCUGACGUUGGCAUCCAGCAGAGACUUGAUUGAAGACUGUGUGGAGGAGCAACGAGCGGCGAGGCACGAACUGAGGGAGAUUAGAGCUGAACAGCACCGUAGGGAGAGGGAGGAGGCUGCACAUAGGGUUCGUCUUCGUAAGGAGGAGAAGAUGAGAGAGCAGGAGCAGCGGAUGAGGGCAAAAGAGGAGAAGAUGAAGGAACAGGAGCUCAAGGGACGACUUCAGACCAAUGGUGACUCGGUUACAGAGCAUCACGCUGAAAAUGAAGAGGAGCAGAGCAGCAAGAUAAUGAAAGCCAAAGGAAACCAGAAAGAACAACAGCAGCAGACGGUGUCUGACCUGAAACCUCCCACCAGCCUGACGGCAGAGGAGCUGGGGAGAGAGCAGGAGAAGUUAUUACAAUCAGAACAAACAGGACCAGUCCCAGGGAAGAGAAGUUGGGAAAGAAAAAUAGAGAAGGAGAGGGAAAAGACUGAAAAUCUGCUUCAACAAGCGAACCGAAAACAACACAGCAGGGAAACCAUGGCAACAACAACACGAGCAUCAGUCAGAGAGCUACAGGAACGCAUCCAGAAGGCUGCAGCCUGCACCUGCCUGUUGCCUUUGGGCAGAGACCGGCUGUAUCGGCGAUACUGGCUGUUCCCUUCAGCCUCCGCCCUUUUUGUGGAGGCGGACUACUUCGGCCUGACAGAGGACAUGCUGCAGCCCAGCCCAAAACCUGACCAGGACACAAGCACCACCAAGGUGGAGAAAGGAGAGGAAGUGGCCAAGGAUGAAGCAGCUAGUGCAGGCACACCAAUCAACCAGUCCAACCAGUGGUCCUUCUACAGUUCAUUGGAGGAAGUUGAUCAGCUAAUCGAGGCUCUGAAUCCUCGAGGUCACAGAGAGAGCAGCCUGAAGGAGGCACUGCUGCAGGAGAGAGAGAGGCUGCAGCACCUGCUGAAGAGCUGUGACAGAAACAAAUAUGAACACACAGAGGAUCAAGAGUCAUCCCAGGCACUCCCAGAAUGCACUGCUGCAGCUGAGUCUAUGAUGGAGGUGAGACUCAGAGAGCUUCUGCUGGAUAUUGAGGACCGGAUCCACCAGGGAACUCUGGGAACUCUGAAGGUGAUGGAUAGACAGAUAUGGCGCUCGGCGUUAGAAGCUGGAAAUUAUGAGCUGCUCACUUCUGAUGGCAGAGAGAACACGGGGAUGAAUGGAAGAGUGGAGGCGAUGGAGGUGGACUGUGCCCACCUGAGAGCCAGAGACAGGCUUCAGGAGGUGAAAUCUGACAGCUCUGCUGCGUAUGGGUCCAGCGGCAGUGGAACUCCUCAGGUGGUCAGCAGCUCUGUACGAAUCCUGGCUCAGGCUCUUGCCCACAUUGAGCAAGGCAUCGACAGACGCUUCCUCAAAGCUCCACUCGCUGAUGAAGACUCAAAGAAAGACCACAAGAUGAAGAACAAAAAGAAGAAAGAUGAGGACCAAGCCAGUGAUGAUGGCAGUGACUGUGGCAGAGUCAGUAAAACGGUGUUGGAGCGAUGGAGGGAAUCUCUGCAGUCCUGCUCCAGCCUGUCUCAGGUGUUUGUUCACCUGUCCAGUCUGGAGCGAAGUAUCCUGUGGUCUCGCUCCAUUCUCAACGCCCGCUGUCGCAUCUGUAGAUGCAAAGGAGAUGCAGACAACAUGGUGCUAUGUGACAGCUGUGACAGAGGACACCACACCCACUGUCUGAGGCCACGCAUGAAGUCUGUUCCAGAAGGUGAAUGGUUUUGUCCAGACUGUCGACCCAAACAGAGAUCCAACCGCCUCCCAUCCCGUCAGCGCUCGUCUAUUGACGAGGAGGAGGAAAGAGACUAUGACGAUGAGGAAGAGGAGGAGGAACAGUCUGAAGAGGAGGAGGAGGAGGAAUCUGAAGAAGAGUCAGAGGAGGAAGAGGAGGAAGAAGUAGUCGUUAUCUUGAACCCUAAGAAGAGGCAGACUCCACUCCCCAAGGGCAAGAGCCAACAGGCCACACCCAAGAACAGCAUCACCACCUCAGGGAAAAACACAUCAGCCUCCAAAUCUUCAGGGAAAAAGCCCAUAACCCCUCCGGCCUCCGAUGGGAAAAUUCCAACCCGCUCCAGGAGUCGGACUGCUGCCCAUGUGAGCCAUGAGAACGUGGAACCAAACAGUCACAUAAACAAACGCAACACCAAAACUUCACCAGCUCAGAGUGAGUCUCGCAAGAGGUCAUUAACAGAAACUGCCGCUCCUCGUAAACUGUCCAGACCCAUCCUGCCUGUCCUUCCCUCGUCACACUCUCCAGGAGCCUCCUCAUCGUCCUCUAACCGUCGUUCCUCUGGGAGGAACCAAGGAGUACACGAGCUGUCCGCCUGUGAACAACUGACAGUGGAGCUAGUCAGACAUGAGGACAGCUGGCCCUUCAUGAAGCUGGUGUCUAGAACCCAGGUUCCAGAUUACUAUGACAUCAUUAAGAAGCCGAUUGCGCUGAACACUAUCAGAGAGAAAGUCAACAACUGUGAAUACCAGACUGCAGGCGAGUAUAUCUCAGAUGUGGAGCUGAUGUUCUCCAAUUGUCUUCAGUAUAACCCUCGUCACACUAAUGAGGCAAAGGCUGGACAUCGACUGCAGCGGUUCUUCCACGCUGAGCUUAGCAGACUUGGCCUAUUGGAGCACGUCUCUGCCCUGCCCACCAAACGCUCCCGACACUGAAGCAGACGCACUCCUGUCACCUUCACCGCCGUCCAGGGACUGGAAAGAGGAGACGGACGUAGAAGUUGCAGUUGUUUUUUUUUCCCGAAGGACUGAAAAGGUGUCAAAAUGUAUUAGCAACCUCUGUGCUCCGUUAAGCAAAGGGAUAACGGGGGGCAAAGGUCAGCAAACACUUACAAGAACCAUUAAAUUAAUGUUAAAAAGAGUUAAAGUUCCAUCGUUAAAAUGAGCUUUUUUCCACUGCUUCUUACAUGAAACUUUUCUGGGAGCUCUGCCCUUCUCAUCUGUUGUGCGUUUGAGAGCGUCUCUCUCAAAAUUAAAUACGUUGCAGCUGCUGUGAGUUCAUGGGAAAAUUGUGAGCUAGGCUUUGUGUGACCUGCUGAUCAGGGCAUUUAUUUCUAGUCUAUUGGAUAGACAGACAUGUAGCAGAUUUAUGGGCAUAGACACAUUCCUGUGGCGCUGUAACGACAGUAGAGUCCCACCUGAUUUCACCUGAUGUUUCCUUUAAUCCAGAAAAGCAAAAACCACUAAAUACUCUGUGACUUGAGGCCCUCAGUGUUUUCUCAGGGAUUUGUGAUUUCAGCGUAAACUGUUUUGGUACAGCUAGUUUUACUGAAGCGGAGCAGCUGCAGGGAUUCGGGGCUCAGUCGAUGGAAGUCUGUGGCCGGCACUAUAACAACAUUAAAUUGUAUUUAAAUAAGUUUUCUAGCAUGUGAAGUAUCACCAGAUUGGUUUACAAACGAACAUUUAAUAAUAGAAAAAUAACUGAUUAAUUCCUCUGAAAACGUAGUUUUCUACAUUAAGUUAUUUGAUGGCAUGCACAGCCUGCAGCAUGAGCCUUUGGGUGACGUGAUUGCAGCUUCCAUGUACUCAGACUCACUGUGGGGCGUAGAGCUAAGUAACUUUAGCUUGGUUUGAACGGAAAUGCUUGAUUUUUCAUUACAAUACAAUCAGAACAUCAUAAAAAUGUAUAGAUUUUUGGCUAAAUUUCAUUUAAUGAUGACACUGAAACAACAGCCUUGUUUUUAUUGGGAUGUGUAAAUUUAAAAUAUGCAGGUAAUAUUUACAUGUACAUCUGUUUAUGUUAAUUAUCAAUUCAACCAAACUGUGUUAAUUGUGGCUUCCACAGACUUCUGUAAUGAUCUACUGGGUGAAUUUCAAACUGUGACCAAUAACAUGCAGCUAGUAGUGCAAACCCUUUCAUUAUAUUGCAUUGGCAAAGUUCUAGAUGCAGUUUGAGAGACUAUGAAGAUGCUUGAACAUCUCAGGAACAGCUUCCCCCAGGUUAGCAUUGAGACUUAAAGGAUUCCUUUAAAGCUCCAUUCAGAUGGGAUUCAGUUUAAAGGCGUGGAUCUGAGUCUGUCGUGCGUUGAGCUACUUGAUAAGAAUUCUCUUUGUUAAUCUGACAAAACACAAAAGUCUGAUCAGAUCUGAUCACUAAAGAAAUGCACGAUUUGAGCUGGUCCUUUAAGCUGCAGCUGCCUCUGUGGAUUUGUAGUUUUUGUUUGUUUGUUUUUUGACUACUGAGUUUUUCUACAUUAGUAUUUUUUUGGUUUUGUCAGCAUUGUCGAUUACAUGCUCUGAUGAUGAUGAUGUCUGCGUUGAAGGAUGGAGGUCAGCUGUAGACACUACACUGGAGCUGCUGCAGCCUCACUCCUCCCCUCCCCAUCUGCUGUGUAUUUAUUUAGCCUCAGUAUUGUCUUUAUUUAUGACUGCUAGCCUCCCUCUUCCUCCUGAAGCUUUCAUCUGUUUGUUGUUCUAAUGUAAAAAUAAAUCGACUUUUUAUAAGCAACUACA